UUGAGCGUGCCAGUAUGCUGGUGAUCCUGCUGAACUGUGUCACUCUGGGAAUGUUCCACCCCUGUGAGGACAGCUCCUGUGCCUCGGAACGAUGCACCAUCCUCCAGAAAUUUGAUGACUUCAUCUUUGCUUUCUUUGCUGUUGAAAUGGUGAUCAAAAUGGUGGCCCUUGGAAUUUUUGGGAAAAAGUGUUACCUUGGCGACACAUGGAAUCGUCUGGACUUCUUCAUCGUUGUGGCAGGGAUGCUGGAGUACUCCCUGAACCUGCAGAACGUCAGCUUCUCAGCGGUGCGCACAGUCAGAGUCCUCCGACCCCUGAGAGCCAUCAAUCGGGUUCCCAGCAUGCGUAUCCUGGUUACUCUGCUCUUGGACACUCUGCCCAUGCUGGGGAAUGUGCUGUUGCUCUGCUUCUUUGUCUUCUUUAUCUUCGGCAUCGUGGGCGUCCAGCUGUGGGCAGGACUCCUGCGGAACCGCUGCUUCCUGCCUGAGAACUUCACUCUCCCUGCAUCCCUCGACCAAUACUACCACACAGAGAACGAUGAUGAGAACCCCUACAUUUGCUCGCAGCCACGCGAGAACGGCAUGCGAUACUGCCGAAACAUCCCAACGCUCCGCGAGGAGGACCUGGAGUGCACACUGGGCUACUCCUCCUACAACAGCACCGACAACACCACCUGCAUCAACUGGAACCAGUACUACAGCAACUGCUCUGCAGGCCAGCACAACCCCUUCAAGGGAGCCAUCAACUUCGACAACAUUGGAUACGCAUGGAUCGCCAUCUUCCAGGUGAUCACGCUCGAGGGCUGGGUGGACAUCAUGUACUUUGUCAUGGACGCCCACUCCUUCUACAACUUCAUUUACUUCAUACUGCUGAUCAUAGUGGGCUCCUUCUUCAUGAUCAACCUGUGCCUGGUUGUCAUAGCAACCCAGUUCUCUGAGACCAAGCAGCGGGAGAGCCAGCUGAUGAAGGAGCAGCGUGUGCGGUUCAUGUCCAACGCCAGCACUCUCGCCAGCUUCUCUGAGCCAGGUAGCUGCUACGACGAGCUACUCAAAUACCUGGUCCACGUGGUGCGCAAGGCCAGCAGACAACUAGCCCAGGUCUAUCUCACAGUAGCCAGCAAGACAGGGCUUCCUGUGCGGGUCAGCAAGAGGGUGGACCAGCGGCCUUCCCGUAAGAGAAGGAGGAGGAAGCAUCAGCGGGCUUCUGUCCACCACUUAAUCCACCAUCACCACCAUCACCACCACCACUACCAUGUGGGCAACGGCAGCCUGCGGGCCCCUCGGUCCAGCCCUGAGCUGGGGGACGUAGAGACGGGCUCCCUUCACAGCAGCACUGGUUGCCUCAUGCUCCCAGCCCUGGAUGGCACCAGUACCACCCAACUUCCUCCCCCUCCUGGCAGCGCAGACUCUGUGCACAGUGUCUACCAUGCAGACUGCCACUUUGAGCCUAUCCGCUGUACCCCCAGCCCAGGAUUGAUGCCCCUUGAGGAGCUGAAGAGGAAUACACCAUCCCCUGGUGCCACCGCCUCCAGCGCUGCAUCCGCUGUGCCCAAAAACUACCCCACUGUUCACCCGUCCUCCUCCCAAGACAUCCAAAAGGAGAAGGCACUGGCAGACCCUGCUAACAGUAGCUGUGCCGGAACCCUAACCAACCUUAACAUCCCACCAAGACCGUUCAGCACUAUGAACCGCUUACUGGAAACACAGAGCGCUGGCCCCUGCAAAGGCUCCUGCAAGCUGACGAGUAACUGUGGAAACUUAGACAAUCUGACGUGCGACCCUGAGAACUGUCCCUACUGUGUCAAAUCCAUGAACAACGAGUCUGAGGGCACAGACAAUGAGACCCUGGACUCAGACAGUGAAGGAGUCUAUGAGUUCACCCAGGACGCCCACUACAGUGACCGCCGCGACCCCAAGAAGAAAGGUUUUAAAAGGGCGAGGCAGGUCCUGAAGCUCUGGAAGCUGGUGGGCGAGACCUUCCGCAAGAUCGUGGACAGCAAGUACUUCGGACGAGGGAUCAUGAUCGCUAUUCUCAUCAACACUCUCAGCAUGGGCAUUGAGUACCAUGAGCAGCCUGAGGAGUUCACCAAUGCUUUGGAGAUCAGUAACAUUGUCUUCACCAGCCUCUUUGCUCUGGAGAUGCUGCUCAAGGUGGUGGUGUACGGGCCCUUCGGCUACAUCAAGAACCCCUACAACAUCUUUGACGGCAUCAUCGUGGUCAUCAGUGUCUGGGAGAUUGUUGGCCAGCAGGGCGGCGGUCUCUCUGUGCUCCGCACCUUCAGGCUCAUGCGUGUUCUCAAGCUGGUGCGCUUCAUGCCGGCUCUGCAGAGGCAGCUGGUGGUGCUCAUGAAGACCAUGGACAAUGUGGCCACUUUCUGCAUGCUGCUCAUGCUCUUCAUCUUCAUAUUCAGUAUUCUGGGGAUGCACCUGUUUGGUUGUAAGUUUGGCUCUGAGAGAGAUGGAGACACGCUGCCAGACAGGAAGAAUUUUGACUCUCUUCUCUGGGCCAUUGUCACAGUCUUCCAGAUCCUGACGCAGGAAGACUGGAACAAGGUCUUGUACAAUGGCAUGGCCUCCACCUCUCCCUGGGCAGCUCUGUACUUCAUCGCACUCAUGACUUUCGGGAACUAUGUGCUCUUCAACUUGCUGGUCGCCAUCCUGGUGGAGGGGUUCCAGACUGAGGAGGUCCCGAGGCGGGAGGAAGUGGUUGGGCCUCUCAGCUGUAUUCAGCUGCCUGUGGACUCGGGGGGUGAUGCCUCCAAGUCAGACUCCGAAGCAGAGUCCUGCUCCCCUGGCUCAGAGAAGGGCCAGUCUGCCUCUGCUGCCGCGGUGCCGCUGAAUGGUCACUUGGAUUUGAAGAGCCACCUUACCCCGCCCGUCAUCACCCACACUGCCGCUACUCCCAUGCCUGUGCCCAGGAGUACGGGGGGGCUGGGGGAGCUGGCAAUGGGCUCCGAGACGCGACGAGGAAGCAGCAUCUCCGUCGAUCCUAACUGCUAUGACGUCAAGUCACCGCAGUGCAGCACUCGCAGCUCCCCCUACACCCCCUGGAGCACGGCAAGCAGCUGGAACAGCCGUCGGUCCAGCUGGAACAGCCUUGGCCGUGCCCCCAGCCUCAAGAGACAGAAGAAGCAGUCUGGGGAGAGGCGCUCACUGCUCUCGGGGGACGGCAAGUCCAGCUCGGAGGAGGGCGAGGGCUCGGAGGGGGAGGCGGGCUCCGUCAGCAGCUCUCUGCAUCAGCAGGGGUCGUUCGACAUGCCCCCCGACACCCUGCAGGUACCCCACUACCUCUGCCGCUCUGCGAGCAUGCACAGCGCGCGCCCCCCACUGGCUGAACACCAGGACUGCAACGGGAAGAACUCAGCCCGGCUGCAGCAGUUCUCGAUGGACGAGUCGCGCAGCGAGGAGGAGAAUAUCGAGGACGAUGGGAACAUGGGUCGCAGAGCCAGGCUGUGCAGGUGGGCUCGGAAGCGGCAGCCCGCGUGGUGUCAGGAGAGAAGCAGCUGGGCCCUCUAUAUCUUUCCACCACAGUCCAAGUUCCGGACGACCUGCAAUAAAAUCAUCUCUCACAAGAUGUUUGACCACAUUGUCCUGGUGAUCAUCUUCCUGAACUGCAUCACCAUCGCCAUGGAGAGGCCCAGGAUCGACCCUCACAGUGCGGAGCGAAUCUUCCUGACACUGUCCAACUACAUCUUCACUGUGAUCUUUCUGGCUGAGAUGAUGGUAAAGGUGGUCGCUCUUGGCUGGUUCUUUGGGGAACGGGCCUACCUGAAGAGCAGCUGGAACAUCCUGGAUGGGCUGCUGGUCCUCAUCUCCAUCAUCGACAUCCUCGUCUCCAUGAUCUCCACCAGCGGCACCAAGAUCCUGGGCAUGCUCCGAGUGCUACGCCUGCUGCGAACGCUCCGCCCCCUCAGGGUGAUCAGUCGAGCUCCAGGGCUCAAGCUGGUGGUGGAGACUUUGAUGUCGUCUCUGAAGCCCAUCGGGAACAUUGUGGUAAUCUGCUGUGCUUUCUUCAUCAUCUUCGGCAUCCUGGGGGUGCAGCUCUUUAAAGGGAAGUUCUUUGUCUGCCAAGGGGAGGAAAUAAGGAAUGUCACCAACAAAUCAGACUGUCUGAUGAACAACUACAAGUGGGUCCGACACAAGUACAACUUUGACAACCUGGGCCAGGCUCUGAUGGCCCUCUUUGUCCUCGCCUCGAAGGACGGCUGGGUGGACAUCAUGUACGAUGGUCUGGAUGCAGUGGGAGUGGACCAGCAGCCUGUCAUGAACUACAACCCCUGGAUGUUGCUCUACUUCAUCUCCUUCUUGCUGAUCGUCAGCUUUUUCGUGCUCAACAUGUUCGUGGGCGUGGUGGUGGAGAACUUCCACAAGUGUCGCAAGCACCAGGAGGCAGAGGAGGCUAAGAUAAGAGAGGAGAAGCGGCUACGGAGGAUGGAGAAAAAGAGACGGAAAGCGCAGUGCAAACCCUACUACUCCGACUACUCCCCCUCCCGCCUCCUCAUACACAAGAUGUGCACCAGCCACUACCUGGACCUCUUCAUCACAGUGGUGAUUGGCCUCAACGUCAUCACCAUGGCAAUGGAGCACUACCAGCAACCCAAGGUUCUAGACGAAGCUCUUAAGAUCUGUAACUACAUUUUCACCAUUAUCUUCGUCCUCGAGUCCGUCUUCAAACUGGUUGCCUUUGGGUUCCGACGCUUCUUUAAGGAGAGGUGGAACCAGCUGGACCUGGCCAUCGUGCUGCUGUCUAUUAUGGGCAUCACCCUAGAGGAGAUUGAGGUGAACGCCUCCCUGCCUAUCAACCCCACCAUCAUCCGCAUCAUGAGAGUCCUGAGGAUCGCCAGAGUUCUUAAGCUGUUGAAGAUGGCUGUGGGAAUGAGAUCUCUGCUAGACACUGUUAUGCAGGCGUUACCACAGGUUGGGAAUCUGGGCCUCCUAUUCAUGCUGCUCUUCUUCAUCUUCGCUGCUCUGGGUGUCGAGCUCUUUGGAGACCUUAUUUGUGAUGAUACCCAUCCUUGCGAAGGCCUAGGGAGACACGCAACUUUCCGCAACUUCGGCAUGGCGUUCCUCACCUUGUUCCGUGUCUCCACGGGAGACAACUGGAACGGAAUCAUGAAGGACACUCUGCGGGACUGUGCCCAGGACACUGGCACCUGCUACAACACUGUCGUGUCUCCACUCUACUUUGUAUCCUUCGUGCUUACGGCACAGUUCGUGCUGGUCAACGUGGUGAUCGCCGUGCUAAUGAAGCACCUGGAGGAGAGCAACAAGGAGGCCAAGGAGGAGGCGGAGCUGGAGGCAGAGCUAGAGCUGGAACUGCGCAGUAUCAGCAACCCGCCCCCCGUGACUGAGGGGCUUCCCUGGGCCAAUCGCAGACCGGACAGCCCCGACCCUGCCCCAGGCAAAGGAGACUCUCCCCUGUCGCUGGAGCCCCCACUGCGGAGGUCCUUGUUUGACACAGUCUCCCUGCUGCUCCAGGGCUCCAUGGAAGGAGAGCUCACCCUCAUGGAUAACCUGUCUGGCUCUGUGUGUCACCACUACGCUCUGCCCCUGCCUGGCAAGUGCACCUCUGAGAAGCAGGAGCUGGCCCCAGUGCUGCCGGGGAACCUGCUGUCUGUAAGGAAGCCCUCAGUGGGGCGUGCUCACUCCCUGCCCAACGACAGCUACAUGUUCCAGACCCUCGACCCUGCAGCCUCCCCCAAAAGGGACCAGUCAGGCUCCACCACCUCAGUGCAGUCCCAGCCCACUGGCUCCAGCACCCAGCACCUGGCCGUACCUGUCCAGCUUUUCCGUCCCAUCAGCCCUCCAGGACAUCAGGGCCCCCCGGACUCCGAGAGCAUUCCCAAGAUCCCCCCACCUCGCCGCUCCUCCAGCACGCACCGGACCCUGCACAGACAGGUAGCGGUAGUCAAUGACUCCUCAGAGACUCUGUAUACUGAGAACAAGGAAGGAGCCCAGCCCCCCCAGCAGAACCAACUGUCCUCAGCAGGGCUUGCCUCGCCGGCCGUGCUCCUGGUUCCAGCCACUCCAGGUGCCUCCCCUGCCCUGCUGCGCUCCAGCGUUCACACCCAAUACAACAUCUCCAGCCAGCCCCACUCCCCCAGCCCACGGCCGCACAGGAACCUCUUUGAAGGGCACCCAUCCCUGGACCCUACAGACCAGGAGGUGUCCCACAUCACUGCCGGUCCCGUCCUCAAGAAGUACCACAGCGUGGAUGCCCAAGCCUCCCAGAAGCGCCUCCUGCUGGCCAGGCCAUCCUCCUGGCUGGAUGACCCCCGCAGGCACUCCAUCGAGAUCUGCUCGUCCGUGGAGAGCAGUCCCCAGCGCUCCUCCGGCUCCUCGGGCUUCGUCUCAAGAGCAGAGAGCUUCCAGCUGCCCUCCCCGCACCGCAAAAAGAAGAUGAGCCCACCCUGCAUCUCUGUGGAACCCCCAGAGAGCCAGUCCAGCCUGCCCCCGCUGCCCGGCAGGGACUCGUGCCUCCGCCGGCGGGCCCCUUCCUGUGACUCCAAGGACUCUGUGGAUCUGGGAGGGGAAGCUGUGCCUGCGGAUGGGCCUCCCGUCUCCCCCAAACUCCUGACUCUUCCCAGCUUCUCUUUUGAGCAGAUGGAUGCUGAACACUAAUGUAAUAAUAAUAAUAAUAAUAAUAAUAAUAAUAAUAAU